AUGGUGAACAUACCGGCUCGAUCCAUUUUCGCGAAGCGAAGCGUCUCCACUCUACCUCACCUCUCUCAGAGAUUUAAACAAACAGAAAGCGAGAUCGUUCAGAUGUUUAGUGUACCGAAUCCAGAGGAAUCAGAGAAACCCCAAGAGAAAUGGAAACUAUCCAGAAAAGAUCCGUCAGUGAGGAUGUUAGACGAGAGAUUCAUAAGAAUCCUGAAAAUCUUCAAAUGGGGACCCGACGCAGAGAAAGCCCUGGAGGUGCUUAAACUGAAAGUCGAUCACCGACUAGUCCGUUCGAUUCUCGAGAUCGACGUCGAGAUCAACGUCAAGAUCCAGUUUUUCAAAUGGGCAGGUAAAAGAAGGAACUUUCAACACGACUCCUCCACUUACAUGACACUGAUACGUUGCCUCGAAGAAGCCAGGCUUUACGGCGAAAUGUACAGAACGAUACAGGAGGUGGUUCGUAACGCGUACGUUAGCGUCAGUCCAUCGGUGCUCUCCGAGGUUGUGAAAGCUCUGGGACGAGCCAAAAUGGUGAGCAAGGCCUUGUCAGUGUUUUACCAGGCGAAAGGAAGGAAAUGCAAACCGACUUCGAGCAGUUACAACUCUGUGAUUCUGAUGCUGAUGGGAGAAGGACAGUACGAGAAAGUCCAUGAGGUUUACACUGAGAUGUGCAACGAAGGUGAUUGCUUUCCUGAUACGGUUACUUACUCUGCGCUUAUAAGCUCGUAUGAUAGAUUAGGUCGUGAUGAUUCUGCUGUUAGGUUGUUUGAGGAGAUGAGGGAGAAUGGUUUGGAGCCUACGGAGAAGAUAUACACUUGUUUGCUUGGAAUUUACUUUAAGGUUGGGAAAGUUGAGAAAGCUUUGGAUUUGUUUGAGGAGAUGAGACGUGGAGGUUGCUCCCCUACUGUUUACACUUAUACAGAGAUGAUUAAGGGAUUAGGUAAAGGUGGGAGAGUGGAAGAAGCGUAUGGUUUGUAUAAAGAUAUGCUUAGAGAUGGGUUAAUUCUUCCUGAUGUUGUGUUCUUGAACAAUCUGAUGAACAUUUUAGGGAAAGUUGGGAGAGUGGAGGAGUUGAGGAAUGUGUUUAGUGAGAUGGGGAUGUGGAGGUGUGUUCCUACUGUUGUUUCGUACAACACUGUUAUCAAGGCUCUGUUUGAGUCGAGAGCGCCUGUUUCGGAAGUGAGUUCUUGGUUUGAGAAGAUGAAGGUGGAGGGUGUUUCGCCUAGUGAGUUCACUUACUCGAUCCUUAUAGAUGGUUACUGUAAAAGUAAUAGAGUGGAGAAGGCUCUGUUGCUUCUUGAGGAGAUGGAUGAGAAAGGGUUUCCUCCUUGUCCUGCAGCGUAUUGCAGCCUCAUAAACGCGCUUGGGAAGGCGAAACGGUACGAGGCGGCGAACGAGCUGUUUAAGGAGCUGAGAGAGAAUUUCGGGAGUGUGAGUUCGAGAGUGUACGCUGUGAUGAUUAAGCAUUUUGGGAAAUGUGGGAAGCUGAGUGAAGCUGUGGAUCUUUUUAAUGAGAUGAAGAGCCAAGGAAGUGGUCCUGAUGUUUAUGCUUACAAUGCGCUGAUGUCAGGGAUGGUGAAGGCUGGUAUGGUGAAUGAAGCUAACUUGUUGCUUAGGAAGAUGGAGGAGAAUGGUUGUGUUGCGGAUGUGAAUUCGCAUAAUAUCGUCUUGAAUGGGUUUGCAAGAACAGGUGUGCCAAAGAGGGCUAUAGAGAUGUUUGAGAGUAUGAAGCGUUCUGGGAUGAAGCCUGAUGGUGUGACUUAUAAUACUCUUCUUGGAUGUUUUGCACAUGCUGGGAUGUUUGAGGAAGCUGCAAGAAUGAUGAGAGAGAUGAAAGAUAAAGGCUUUGUUUAUGAUGCAAUCACUUAUUCAUCUAUACUUGAUGCUGUUGGCAAUGUGGAUCAUGAAGAUGUUGUUUCAUCUUUGUAA